UACCUCGUGGCCGCCGACCUGGCCGCGGCGCGCGGGGCGUCGGCGCGCGACGCCGCCGACGCGAUGGCGCGCGCGGAGCGGGACCCGGCGGCGCGCGACAGGAUGGAGGCGUGCGGGAUCCGGGCGACGUCGGUCCUGGCGCUGCGGUUCUUGCGCGGGUACUUAGGCGCGGGUACGCCGCUGCUGGCGCUCACGGGGCUGGCCGGGAUCGGGUGCGAGGCGGCGCUGGGAGGAGCGCCGGAGGCCAGGGGGAGGAUGGCCGAGGCCAACCGGGAGUUCGACCAGCUCUCCACCAUGGCCACCGCGCUGCUCAACAAGGUAGACACCCUAGGCUAG